CGGUGUUUCCCCCUCCACGGGAAGAAAAACAUAGAAGGUGAGACAUGUCCGAGGUGCGGCUAAAUUUUCCAGCACGGUCGGUAUAGAUGUGAACAAAGCAUCACAAGGCAAAUGACCGACCGACCAGCUAUCAUCAUCAUCAUCAUUAUUGUUGGACCCUGUGUCGAAAGACAGCAGCAGCAGAGUGGAAAAGAAAAGCAACCCAGUAAUGAUGAUAAACACCUACCCACCUGCCUGCCUCGGUCGGUCAUAAGUAAUAAAAAUUACGUCGUCGCGUCCAACCCGAGACGGAAAACGCGCGCGCGCGGGAAAAGGUUCUGGUUCGGUUUUGGUUUGGUUUGGUUCUCUUCUCCCCUUUGCUAUGGGCGUUUCCGGGGCGGGAAUGCCGCGCUUCGGCUCUUCCUCCUUCUGGGCUGCUGCUGUUCGUCGGGGCCGAGGAACGACCUACCUACCUACCUACCUGAUAACCACUGUUGAUAUUUCCCGUGAGGAAGGGAGGAUUGGAGGAUGAGUGGAGGGAUUUGGGAGAUGCCGGACCAAGGAUGAGU